AUGGACCUCGCGGCCGCGAACCAGCUCCUCUGCGACGAGCUCUACGACGCGGCGCUCGUCGCCUACGGGUCCGCCAUCGACGGCGACGACAAGUGCGCCGCCGCCUACGCCGGGCGCGCGGCCAUCUACCUGCGCCUCGAGAAGUACACGAACGCGCUCCAGGACGCGAACGCGGCGCUCGCCGAGGACGGCGCCUGCGAGCCGGCGCUCUACCGCAAGGGCCUGGCCUGCUUCCACCUCGACGAGUUCGAGACGGCGCUGGACAGCUUCCAGAAGGGCUUCAAGCUUUUGGGCGCGGACGCCGCGGCCGCGGCGACGCGCAAGUACGCGAUGUGGGCGCGCAAGUGCGAGGCGGAGAUCGAGGACGAGGACAGCGACAGCGAGGAGGAGGAGGAGGAGGACGUGCCGAGCGGCGUCAAGGUCGUGCCCUGCGACGUGAAGUACCAGUACUACCAGACCAACUCCCACCUGACGAUCACGCUCCUCGCGAAGAACGUCAAGGAGGAGGACGCGGAGAUCGUCAUCACCGAAACGACGCUCAUCUGCAAGCUGAAGCGCGACGGCGGCAAGUCCGAAAUGACGGUCAUCAGCGGCGAGCUCUACGACCCCGUCGUGCCCGCCGAGUGCAAGGUCAAGUACUUUAGCACGAAGAUCGACGUCAAGCUGAAGAAGAAGGACGCCUUCAACUGGAACGAGCUCCUCAAGGGCGACCUCAUCGGCGAGCCGAAGAAGAAGCCGCCGACGUUCAAGCCCGCGCCGGCGAGCACGACGUCGACGGCGACGCCCUACGCGGGCAAGCGCGACUGGCACCAGCUCGAGAAGGAGAUGGAGGCGGAGCUCGAGAAGGACAAGCCCGAGGGCGAGGAGGCGCUGAACAAGCUCUUCCAGGACAUCUACGGCAAGGCGACGCCCGAGACGCGGCGCGCGAUGAACAAGAGCUUCCAGACGUCCGGCGGCACCGUGCUCUCGACGAACUGGGGCGAGGUCGGCAAGACGGACUACGAGGACGGCGAGAACCGCCAGGCGCCCAACGGCAUGGAGUGGAAGAACUGGGAGGGCGAGAAGCUCCCCCAGAAGACGUCGGACUAG